UCGAAAUUUACAAGACCCAAUCACCCGAAUGACCAGUAGCAGUUUCCAGUUUCCAUCGUAAAGACUACGUUUUGUGACACCGCGUUUUUCCAAUUGCCAAGUCUACCUUUGAAUAACCCCCUUCCCUCUUUCCCACCCUUUAAAACUCUCUCUCUCUCCCCCUCUCUCUCUGUAAAAAGAUCUGGCUUUUCCUCCUUGCAAGACAUUUGAUGCAAUUUCUCGGGACUGCUGUUGAUCUUUGUACAGAUUUCUAAAGUACCAUUUUUCAAUUUCAUUUAAGAUCUUCAGAUCUUCUACCCCAUUUGUCGCUCGACUAAAUUGUGCAUAUUUUCCCAUUGAAAAUGUUUGGCUUAAAGAAGUCUCCUUUGAAGGCUGCUAAACAUAUCACAGUUAAUCCUGCUUCUUCUGGCUCAAACCCUUUUGAAAAUGCGCCAGUUGGACAGAACGCUAGCACCAAUCCAUUUGAUGAUGGUCAAGGAGAAGAGAAAUAUUCUUCAUAUUCAUACAAGACUACGUUGACAGAGAGAAACAAGUACAAGAAUGAUUUCCGUGAUACAGGAGGAGUAGAGAAUCAAUCAGUGGAAGAGUUGGAGAACUAUGCAGUGUACAAGGCUGAGGAGACUACAAAAUCAGUCAACGGCUGCCUGAAGAUUGCUGAAGAAAUAAGAGAGGAUGCUACCAAAACUUUGGUCACUUUGCAUCAGCAGGGGGAACAAAUCACUAGGUCCCACAUGGUCGCUGCAGACAUUGAUCAGGAUCUUAGUCGGGGUGAAAAACUUUUAGGAAGUCUUGGGGGCAUCUUCUCUAAGACUUGGAAGCCAAAGAAGACUCGCCCAAUAAGUGGCCCUGUCAUCACAGGAGAUAAUGCAGUCAGAAGGGGCGGCCAAUUGGAGGAGAGGGAGAAGUUGGGACUGACUUCUGCACCCAAGGGAAGGUCAACUCCACAAACACUACCUCCUGGACCUGUCAAUGCCCUUCAGAAAGUUGAGUUAGAGAAGGCGAAGCAAGAUGAUGGAUUGUCGGAUUUAAGUGAUCUGUUGGGAGAGCUGAAGGAUAUGGCCGUUGACAUGGGUUCUGAAAUUGAGAGGCAUAACAAAGCUCUGGGCCAUCUCUAUGAUGAUGUUGAUGAGCUAAAUGUUCGUGUUAGAGGUGCAAAUCAACGCGGUCGUCGUUUGCUUGGAAAGUAGAAUACAGGCGCGCGCCCCCCCCCCCCCCCCCCCCCCACAAAACAUAUUCUUUGUUUCACUCUUUUUUUAGCCCGAUUUAUGGAUCUGGAUGUAGACACGUUGAAGUAUCUGGAUAUGGUAUAACACUUUGUUCGUGAAACAUAAGUUGAAAGGAUGAUUAGUAAAGGAUACUUUUUCUUUAAGAUGAA